AUGCAAAGCUCCGCGCUGGUGCUGCUGCUGGCGCUGAUGAUCGCGCGAGGGACGGGCGCCGACGAGACCUAUCCCUACUCGUUCCUCCGCGACGCCGCCGACUCCCCGGUGUACGAGCAGUACGACUACAUCAUAGUGGGCGGCGGCACCGCCGGCUGCCCUCUGGCGGCGACGCUCUCCCGCUACUUCCGCGUCCUCGUCCUGGAGCGCGGUCCCUCGCCCUAUGGCAACGCCAACAUCACGCGCAUCGAGAACUUUGGGCGCAGCCUCAACGACACCGAGGGGCAAUUCACGCCCGCGCAGGCCUUCACGUCCACCGACGGCGUUCGCAACACUCGCCCGCGCGUCCUGGGCGGUGGUAGCUGCCUCAACGCUGGCUUCUACACGCGCGCCAGCCCCGACUACGUGCGCAGGGUUGGCUGGGAUGCGCGCCUGGUUAACCAGUCGUAUCCGUGGGUGGAGAGGGUGGUGGCGUUCGUGCCGCAGCUGGGAGCGUUCCAGAGCGCAUUUAGGGCGGGGCUGCUGGAGACCGGGGUGACGCCGGACAAUGGCGCCACUUUCGAUCACAUCUAUGGGACCAAGACUGGGGGGUCGAUCUUCGACCAUCAGGGCAACCGCCACACCGCCGCCGACCUCCUCCGCUACGCCAGCGCCAGGAAUAUACUCGUGCUCCUCCGCGCCAGCGUCCAGAGGAUCCUCUUCGACACCUCAGGUUACCAGCCGCGCGCGAUCGGGGUCCAAUACCGCGAUGCCAACAGCCGGAUGCACAUCGCGCGCCUCAAUUCCAAUCGCCAGAGCCAGGUGAUCCUGUCCGCGGGCGCCAUGGGCAGCCCCCAGCUGCUGAUGCUCAAUGGCAUCGGGCCGCGCGCGCACCUCGAGAGCAUGGGCAUCCGCGUGCUCGUCAAUCUCCCAGGCGUCGGCCAGGGCAUGGCGGACAACCCCAUGAACACCGUCUACCUCCUCUCGCCCGCGCCCGUGGAGACGAACCUCAUCCAGGUGGUCGGGAUCACGCACUACGGCAGCUUCAUCGAGGCGGGCAGCGGCGAGCUCGAUGGAUUGAGCGCGGGCGUGCUGCUCGAGAAGGUGAUCGGCCCCAGAUCGAGCGGCCAGAUGACGCUCACCUCGCUCGACGCCGCGGACAAUCCCCAGGUCACCUUCAAUUACUUCCAGGACCCGGAAGAUCUCCAGAGCUGCGUGGAAGGGAUCAACCAGAUCGAGGAGAUCAUCCUCUCCAGCUCCAUGCGCCGCUUUCGCUACGACGCCCAAGCUCUUCCCUCGGGCGGGACGGUGGCAUCGCCGGUCCGCGCGGAUUCAACGCUCCGGUCGUCGGUCAAUGUCACGCUGGCCAGCUUCUGCAGGUCGACCGUACAGACCAUCUGGCACUACCACGGUGGCUGCCAGGUGGGCAGAGUCGUGGACAGCGACUACCACGUGUUAGGCGUUGAUGCGCUGCGCGUCAUCGACGGCUCCACGUUUAACUUCUCGCCCGGUACGAACCCUCAAGCGACGGUCAUGAUGCUGGGAAGGUAUAUGGGAUUGAGGAUUAUUGCGGAGCGGUUUCUCGAUUCUCCGCCCAGGUAUGAUCGCGAUGAUCCCUCCAUCGCUCGCUGGAUUCCACCGCUGGUGCGAUUGGCGGAUCGCGCGCUAGAGCGGCCGCGAUUGUUUCGCAGGGCAGAGAAUGCGGGUGGGGGAUUAGCUCUCCUUGGAUUGAGGCAGUGCCAGGGAAGGAUGCCAGGGUGA